UUCCGGAAGUGGGCGGUGCUGUAAGACGAAGCUGGGGGCCUUGCCGUCCUGGAACCUGAGUCCGAACUGUGACAGUAAAGGACACCGGUGGGGAUAUGUCUGGGUUCAGCCCCGAGCUGAUCGAUUAUCUAGAAGGGAAGAUCUCCUUUGAGGAGUUCGAGAGGCGAAGAGAAGAGAGGAAAACCCGCGAGAAGAAAACUAAUCAAGAAAAAGGAAAAGUUUCAGCUGAGGAAAAUCCAAAUGACUCAGAAGUUCCAUCUUCUUCUGGAAUUGACUCUAUCAAAUCCCAAAGCCAAGAUAUUAAUGAAGGAGAAACAUCAGAUGGAGUCAGCAAAUCAGUCCACAGAGUCUUUGCUUCUAUGCUUGGAGAAAAUGAAGAUGAGGAAGAAGAGGAGGAAGAGGAAGAAGAAGAUGAAGAAACACCUGAACAACCCACAGCAGGAGAUGUAUUUGUCUUGGAAAUGGUUCUUAAUCGAGAGACCAAGAAAAUGAUGAAAGAGAAAAGGCCUCGUAGUAAACUUCCUAGAGCUCUGAGAGGGCUAAUGGGGGAAGCCAAUAUCCGAUUUGCUCGAGGUGAACGUGAAGAGGCCAUCUUGAUGUGCAUGGAAAUUAUCAGACAAGCUCCUCUUGCUUAUGAACCAUUUUCUACACUUGCCAUGAUAUAUGAGGACCAAGGUGAUAUGGAGAAAUCACUGCAGUUUGAGUUAAUUUCUGCACAUUUAAACCCUAGUGACACAGAAGAAUGGGUUAGACUGGCAGAAAUGUCUCUAGAACAAGACAACAUUAAGCAGGCUAUUUUUUGCUAUACAAAAGCUCUCAAGUACGAUCCUACAAAUGUUCGUUACCUUUGGGAAAGAUCAAGCCUUUAUGAACAAAUGGGAGAACAUAAAAUGGCAAUGGAUGGUUAUAGACGUAUUUUAAACCUUUUAUCCCCAUUUGAUGGAGAGCGUUUCAUGCAGUUGGCCAGAGACAUGGCAAAGAGUUAUUAUGAAGCCAGUGAUGUCACAUCAGCCAUUAACAUAAUUGAGGAAGCUUUUUCAAAACACCAAAGUCUUGUCUCCAUGGAAGAUGUUAAUAUAGCUGCAGAACUGUACAUUUCCAACAAGCAACAUGACAAAGCCUUAGAGGUUAUUACUGAUUUUUCUGGAAUUGUACUAUGGAAAAAAGUUAUUGACAAAAGCAUGCCAGAAGAGAAUAAAGAUUUGAUGGAUGGUCAGGAGAAUGAAGAGUCGAUGGCAAAUCAAGCAUUUUCAGAGGAUAUUAUACCUGAAGAAAAAGUUACUUGUACCAUACCUGAGGGAGUGCCAAUUGAUAUUACUGUUAAAUUAAUGGUGUGCUUAGUUCACCUUAACAUCCUUGAUCCUCUUGAUUCUCUCCUGACUACACUAGUGGAACAGAAUCCGGAAGAUAUGGGAGAUUUGUACCUUGAUGUUGCUGAAGCUUUUCUUGAUGUUGGAGAAUAUAAUUCUGCACUCCCUCUUCUCACUGCAUUAGUCUGCUCAGAAAGAUAUAACCUAGCAGUAGUCUGGCUUCGGCAUGCAGAAUGUUUAAAGGCCUUAGGUUACAUGGAACGUGCUGCAGAAAGCUAUGGCAAAGUGGUUGACUUGGCUCCACUACAUUUGGAUGCAAGAAUUUCUCUCUCUACUCUUCAACAGCAGCUAGGUCGUCCUGAAAAAGCUCUGGAGGCCCUGGAACCAAUGUAUGAUCCAGAUACUUUGGCACAAGAUGCAAAUGCAGCACAGCAGGAACUGAAGUUACUACUCCAUCGUUCUACACUGCUGUACUCACAAGGCAAAAUGUAUGGAUAUGUGGAUACCUUGCUUACCAUGUUAGCAAUGCUUUUAAAAGUAGCAAUGAAUAGAGCCCAGGUGUGUUUGAUAUCCAGUUCCAAGUCUGGAGAAAGACAUCUGUACCUUAUUAAAGUAUCAAGGGACAAGAUUUCAGACAACAAUGACCAAGAGACAGCGAACUGUGAUGCAAAAGCCAUAUUUGCUGUAUUGACAAGUGUCCUGACAAAAGAUGACUGGUGGAACCUGCUAUUGAAGGCUAUCUAUUCCUUAUGUGACCUCUCCCGAUUUCAAGAGGCUGAGCUCUUGGUGGAUUCUUCACUAGAAUAUUACUCAUUUUAUGAUGAUAGACAGAAACGCAAAGAGCUUGAAUACUUUGGUCUUUCAGCUGCAAUUCUUGACAAAAACUUCAGAAAAGCAUACAACUAUAUCCGGAUUAUGCUCAUGGAAAAUGUGAAUAAACCUCAGCUGUGGAACAUCUUUAAUCAAGUCACUAUGCAUUCUCAAGAUGUACGACACCAUCGUUUUUGUCUUAGAUUAAUGCUCAAAAACCCAGAUAAUCAUGCUCUGUGUGUCUUAAAUGGACACAAUGCAUUUGUAUCUGGUAGUUUCAAGCAUGCACUUGGUCAAUAUGUGCAGGCUUUUCGCACCCAUCCAGAUGAACCUCUCUAUAGCCUCUGUAUAGGAUUAACAUUUAUUCACAUGGCUUCUCAGAAGUAUGUGUUAAGAAGACAUGCCCUUAUUGUACAGGGAUUUUCCUUUCUCAACCGAUACCUAAGUCUCCGUGGACCUUGCCAAGAAUCAUUUUAUAACCUGGGACGUGGCCUUCACCAACUGGGACUGAUGCAUAUUGCUAUUCAUUAUUACCAAAAGGCCCUUGAGCUCCCUCCACUUGCACUAGAGGGUAUUGAAAGUGACCAGUUAGAUUUACGAAGAGAUAUUGCAUAUAACUUGUCGCUCAUUUACCAAAGCAGUGGAAACAUGGGAAUGGCUCGAAAGCUAUUAUAUACCUAUGGUACUAUAUAAGUUAUCUUGGCAAGAAAUUGAAGUUUUUAUGCAACUGCUGUGAACCAUCAUUUUGCUUCAUGAUUCAGUAUGGAUGAUUUGAUCACCCUUAAGGAAAUUAUUAUCUUGGCAUUAUUUAACAUUAGGAAGUAUUCUUUUUAUUAUAAACAAGUACAAGUGUAUAUAUGUUUAAAAAUGUCUGAUAAUGCUAUUUGGAGUGUAACCAUUCUCACCUUGGUUCCUGUACACAUUCUGGAUUUUUAAACUGUUUUUCAGGCCAGAUUUUAACUAUUCUAUAGUAAACCAUGACAAAGUACUUCUCAACUGAUUCUGAACCUGUAAUGGGCAGUAUUAAAUAUUGAGUCAGGACCAUGUAUUUGUCUGCUGUUUUUCCUGACUCCUUAACUUCUUAGGUGCUAUUCAAACACUUAAUGUGUCUAAACAUUUUCUCUGAAUGAAGGACUUGAGAAACCACAAGUGUAUUUUUAAACACGUCUGUAUCACACUUCAGUGUAUAUUGUGAUUGUUGUCCAGGCAACUUUUUCACCUUUUUUGUUUUGACUUGUGGAGAUGCCAAAUUUUCACAUGAUCAGUAAAUCAAUAUUCUCUGACUAAGGAAAGACUGUCCAUAAGAUAAAAAUAAUCAGCUGCUUUAGUCCCUUAGUGCAAAAUUAAUCCAACAGGUUGUUUUGUUUUCUCAAGAGUUUGAUUGAAUUUUUCACAUUUCUGCUGCCCUUUAUUGUCUUGUUAACUCUCUGUUAUCACGGUUAUGGCUAUUUCUCAAGGACAGAUAUCACUCUGGCAAAGACUGGGCCAAUCCACGAAGUCCUGUAUUGGGGAAAGAGUACGUCAUACCUGCUUUUCUUUUUGUGGCUUUGAGAAAGAACAACAAGGUGCUAUUUCAAAGUCACUAUGAUGACCAGGGAAGCUAAUAAACUGGUUAAGGUUGAAGGCAUUGGAAUAUUUCAUAGCUAGUACAAAAGAUGAUAUAAAGGACCGAAACCCCGACAUAACUUAUGAUCUUAAAUAUUACUUCCUGAGAAAUCUUACCAAUGCUUACAUGCACUUAACUUUUCUAGUUUAGAAGCAGGACUUUUGUUUACUGAGUAAAUGUGUCAUAUUUUGUAAAAAAAAAUGUGUCAACUGAAAUUUAAUAAAACUAUUUUUUAUAAAAAAAAA